AUACACUGUAUUCAGAUAAAUAAUAAUAUAAUUUUUAUCAUUUAAUUUUACGAAGUGUAGGUCGUAAAAAUGAACUGCUUUUACGAUAAAUGUUAACAUAUACAACAAUGAUAAAAGUGAUCUGAACGAUAUUCUGUGUAAUGUUCGUAUGGUAAACUGUAAUCGAUCGUCGACCUAGUGUAUGUGUCAAAAACGCCCUUUUUUAUAAGUUCAAUAUUGCUUUUGCUUCGGUCGCGAGGUGCUACAGAAAAUCAUUUUAAAACAUUAAUGUGCAAGUAAACCCUUCAAACAAAACUAUCAAUAUGGGGGAACAACCAAUCUUCUCCUGCAAUGCCCAUGUUUUUCACAUCGACCCUAAAACAAAAAGAACAUGGAUUACAGCAAGUUCAAAAGCUAUAUCUGUCAGUUUCUUUUACGAUUCCUCAAGAAACCUGUAUCGCAUAAUCAGUGUUGAAGGAAGUAAGGCAGUAAUAAAUUCUACAAUUACUCCCAACAUGACAUUCACCCAAACUUCGCAAAAAUUUGGACAAUGGAGUGACGUACGAGCCAAUACUGUAUACGGAUUAGGAUUUGCUUCAGAAGCAGAACUUGGAAAAUUUAUCGAGAAAUUUCAAGAAGUUAAAGAAGCUACAAAGAACGCUCUGAACAAAUCUUCAGCAAAUGGUAAUUCUACCGUUACAUCUGCAAAUGCAUCUCCGGUCACUGCACGUUCCUCUAUGUCUAAUAGCGACAGCUUUGAUCCCAACAAUGUAGAUGCUCCAUCUACCCCUGCUAAUAAUGUAAAUGCUAAUAUCAAAACGGAUAGUCCAUCUCAUCCAUCUACAACCAAUGAUGCAAUGAAUAAUUCCAGUCAAAUUACUAGUGAGCUCAAGCAAAUCUCAAUAAAUUCGUCAUCCAGUGACGGCAUGACGACAUCUUCUGCAGAGCAGCAGCUGAAGUAUGAGAAUGAACGACUAAAGCUAGCCCUAGCACAAAGCUCUGCCAACGCUAAGAAGUGGGAGAUUGAAUUAGCGACUUUAAAAAGCAACAAUCUUCGCUUGACAAGUGCUCUACAGGAAUCAACUGCUAACGUGGAUGAAUGGAAGCGACAACUUCACUCAUAUAAAGAGGAAAACCAACGUUUGAAAGUUCGUUAUCAAGAACUGGAGGCAUCGAAAGGGGGCAUUACUGGAGUAAACAAUGGAGGACCUAAUAUCACUAGCACUGAGAUAGCGGAUGAACUUCGACGUGAAAUUGCCUUGCUUAAAACUAAAAUCGAAGACUUGGAAAAGCAGUUGAUGAAACAAGACAUAGAGCUGAAAACAGCUAAUAAGAGUUUAAAAGAUAAACAAAAUGAUCCAACGAUGAAGCAACUCACGACGUAUUGCAAUCAAUUCGCAGUGCAUGUUAAAGAACUGAACGGUCUUCAAAAUGAAAUGGAAAAACUUAUUCAAACUCACCAUAAAGCUACUUGAGAAUUAUAUGAGAGAAACAGUCAGGCAAAAAAAUCAUUAGUGAGUGUGGAUCUUCAGAGCAACGAUCAGGCAGAAGAUGGUAAUAUUAACUAUAACAUGAACAAUAAUUUAAUUGCCAACAUCAUCGACAUUGACCCUAACUUGGCUUAUAAUCCAUUCAUACUCACUAGUAGUAGUACCUCUGUCUGUGUCAAUAGCGCAUUCCAGACAACAGCUGCAACCAGUACAAUUGAUGCACAAACUCGAUCUCUUGUCAACACACCGAAAACUGUUAUCUCUAAUCGCGCGAAUUCUGGUAUUGUUUUAAUUACUACCAAAUUAAAUCAGCCUGACGGAAGCAAACUUAUCCAUUUCAAUAGUAGCAGUACCAACACUCUGAGUAAAACUAAUUUGGAGCUCUUCAAUACUGUCCAAAAAGCAACAUCAGAAACCAACUUUCAUAGUAUACAGAAGCAAACUAACGUAGUGUCAGGUGACCAACAACAACCAAAAAAGGCGACUAUUUUGGUUUCAAAAUCAAAGACAAAAACCGGACUUCCACUGUUACUCAAGAAAUCCAAGUAACGAAACAGUAGUUUUUUUUGCUCCGAUCUGUGUAGACUAUUUUUUAUUACAAAAAGUGUUUAUCUUAAAAACCGUGUAACUAUUUCAACGUGUUUUAUUGCAAAAGUUGCAGGUAUAUGAUCAUAUUUAAAAACAUUGAUAGGAAAUAUUAUUUGUAAACCUUUGUAUCAGACACAAAAAGUAUUAAAUCAUUUUUUCCCUUUUUAACAUUGGGUUUAUCACAUAAUGUAAAUUUAAUAUGACCUUG